AUGUCACACCCAACAUCAGUUAUCAAUGAGGAAUUAGGACCUUUACCAACCAAGGCCCCACAACUUUCCAAAAACGUUAAUGAUUUGUUCUCCUUAAAGGGAAAAGUAGCUUCUGUCACUGGAUCUUCCGGUGGUAUUGGUUGGGCUGUUGCUGAAGCAUAUGCUCAAGCAGGAGCAGACGUUGCUGUUUGGUACAAUUCUAAGAAUGCAGACGCUAAGGCUGAAUACUUAACCAAGACCUACGGAGUGAAAUCCAAGGCAUACAAGUGUAAUAUUUCGGACCCAGAAGAUGUGGAAAAGGUGAUCGGACAAAUUGAGAAGGAUUUCGGCACUAUUGACGUUUUUGUCGCUAAUGCUGGUGUGCCAUGGACCGAGGGCAGAAGUAUUGAAGCGGAUGGGUACGAUGCGUGGAAAAAGAUUGUAGAUUUGGACUUGAGUGGAGUUUACUACUGCGCUAAGACUGUCGGCAAGAUUUUCAAGAAGCACGGAAAGGGUUCUCUUGUGUUAACAGCAUCAAUGUCUGGCCACAUUGUGAAUGUUCCACAAAUGCAAGCUCCAUACAACGCUGCUAAGGCGGGUGUAUUGCACUUGGGUAAGUCCUUAGCUAUCGAAUGGGCUCCAUUCGCUAGAGUUAACACCAUUUCUCCAGGUUACAUUGCUACAGAGAUUUCCGAUUUUGUUCCUGCCGAAGUCAAGGCUAAAUGGUGGCAAUUGAUCCCAUUAGGAAGAGAAGCACUUGCUCAAGAGUUGGUUGGUGCUUACUUAUAUUUUGCAUCCGAUGCUUCUACUUACACGACUGGCUCGGACUUAUUGGUUGAUGGUGGUUACUCCGCCCCAUAG